GGCCGGCGGCCACGUGACCCACCGUGGGGCCGGCGGCCCAGAAAUAGCAGCGGCUGCGGUCCCGCCCGCGGGCUGCCGCGAGGGAAAGGCGGAGACUGUAGGACGCUCGGCGCGGCCAGGGUCUCGGCCCCGGCCCCGGAGGAUGCUGAACCCCUGCUCGAAGCGGCCCCGAGCUCAUGAUGGCGAUACGAGAGCUCAAAGUGUGUCUUCUUGGGGACACUGGGGUGGGGAAAUCAAGCAUCGUGUGUCGAUUUGUCCAGGAUCAUUUUGACCACAACAUCAGCCCGACCAUUGGGGCCUCUUUCAUGACCAAAACUGUGCCUUGUGGAAAUGAACUUCAUAAGUUCCUCAUCUGGGACACUGCUGGUCAGGAACGGUUCCACUCGCUGGCUCCCAUGUACUAUCGUGGUUCUGCCGCAGCUGUCAUUGUGUAUGACAUCACCAAGCAGGAUUCAUUUCAUACCUUGAAGAAAUGGGUGAAAGAGCUGAAAGAACAUGGUCCAGAAAACAUUGUGAUGGCCAUUGCUGGGAACAAGUGUGAUCUCUCAGAUAUUAGGGAGGUUCCCUUGAAGGAUGCUAAGGAAUAUGCGGAGUCCAUAGGCGCUGUGGUGGUUGAAACAAGUGCAAAAAAUGCUAUUAACAUCGAAGAGCUCUUUCAAGGAAUCAGUCGCCAGAUCCCACCGUUGGACCCUCAUGAAAAUGGAAACAACGGAGCAAUCAAACUUGGGAAGCAAACCUCGCAAGCCACUCGGCGGUGCUGCUGACCCUGGGCCGGCCCGCUGUGCUCGAAGCCGGGGCCUCCCGUGCUCGGGGGCCUGCACCUUACGUCGAGAGAAGUGAACACGCUAGCUUUUCACCCCGAAAAACCAGGAAUGGGGGCAGGAGUUGUUCCCAGAAAAAGAUUUUAGAAAACUCUGGAAAUGACCACCACACUGCUGCAAAGUGGCUAUUAGUGUGUUAGAUGCACACAGGAGAGACCGGAUAUUUGGUAAAUAUUAAAUUGAGUGUUUUGUUAAACUUUAAGAUAUUCUCCCACUGUACAAAAGUCUUCCUGGCUUGUGUGUGAGAUGCUAACGUGGAAUUGCAGUCACUUCUUCAGUGCCUUAGCUUACUUAACCAGCCUUCACCUGAGCCUAACCAAAAAGGUUAAUUUAUUUUGCCUUUCUGUGGAGGGUAAUUGGAUUGUGAUAUCAUAAAAGUGGAGAAAGAUAUGUUAGAGAGCAUUGUCUAUAUCUCUGACUUUGACUUGAACAUUUUACAAAGUAGUAUUGGUCAUAUACAAACAAACCCCAUCUGACCAUUGUAUAUAAUUUUAGGGUUGGAAGACCUGGCGUGCAGGUCAUUUAAUCAGUUACUGUGUGAACAGUGGCAGAUUUAGAAUAUAAAGAGGAUUCCAGAGACUGCCUGGCAAUAAAUUCCUAUUCUCUUAGAAAAGUUUAAUGCACAGAGUAUUUUACUAAAACAAUAUGUCAUAGUGUUAUUUCUAGGGGGAAAAAUUAACUGCGACAGCCCACAUUGUAAGGCAAACUUUUAACAAUGCAAUGAAUAGCAGGUUGCAGGAAAACCAGCCACAGAAAGCCACAACAUCUUAAGAUCCUACACUCUAGAAAUUACAAAAUCAGAGAACACAUUUAAGGAGGUGCCAAGCUUAAGGAGGUGCCAAGCUCCAGGAGGUGUGGGUAUUUGGGCAAAGGUCCAAUUCUGAAGUGCCAGUUACCUGAGAAUAGGCCUUGAUAAAAAUCUUCCUUUUCCGCUUCCUUGGCUGCUCAGUUAAUUAAAGAUGCCUGAACCCAAAGUAAGAAAAGGCAGUGAGAAAAGGAAGAGUAAAAUCCAAAACCUAAAUACUACUAGCAAAAAUGUUCAUUAAUACAUCCAUGAAAACCUGGGAUCAAGAAGCAGUUCGUUUCCUAUUAGGCUCCUAUAGGUGAUUCUUAAAGAACAUUCCGGAGGUCCAGGAAGCUGUGAAAGAACAGCCCCAUAAGCAAUUAACCAUGCAGUGUGGUAACAAGGCCAGGAGGUCCUUCUUUGCCAGGAACAUGCAAGGGCCAACAAACAUUUGUUGAAAAGCUAUAAUAGAAAAGCCAGGAAAGAGACUGUGAGCUGAUUAAAAGCCUGGAACUUUCAGUAACAGCAGAAUGAACUGCGCUUUGGAGUCCUGUAUUGGCGGCAUCUACCACGCUCCAGGCAGGUAGAGACAGAGUCCAUCAUGGACAAAAAGCCACUGUUACUGAAAGACCCUUGCCGUGUUUACACUUUUUUAUGUGGACAGUGGGCAAGAAAAAUGGUUAUGUGGGAAUCACAGAUUCUGAUUUUUAUUUCAAGAAUGUGCUGUCAACUUGAUGUUCUUACCGCUUCACCCAGCUGGCAAGAGUAGUUUGACAGUCUUAGAAUGUGAAAUAUUUUUGGUUCAAGAGUGCCUCUUAACUCCCCCAGAUAGGUUCCUCAAAAACCAUUAGCAACUGGCAUUUGGAUAUCUUGGCUCAGCCUUGGCAGGGAUUUUUAGACUUUGCUCCAUAUUGUCAACAUUACUAGCUAAUGUAACUCUGCUUGCAGGCCAAGCAAUUGCCAUACAUCUUUCCAAAGAUUAAAAAUUGGGGUUGAAAAUUGAAAUGACCUCUUCCCAAGUGACAGGCGGGCUUAUUUUAGAACAUUUACUUAUCCAGCUGUUCCUGAGAAUCUGAGUUUAUUGGAGACAGCUGCUUAGGUUGUCUGGCUAAGACAAUACUCAUCCCAGCAGAGUUUUGAAUGUUGGGCUGGGUCUUUAGUAGUUGACUCUGGCCUCUUUAGUGGUAGCCAUAUGCCAUGAGCUACCCACGAGUGAGCCUGUGCUUUUAUUUCACAAGCAUAUGAGCGUAUGAAACACGCUUAUUUCUCUGUAUGACCUUAUCUUUGGAAGCCAGCCAGAUAACUAAAUAUAAAAUCACUACAGGGCACAAUCGGUGAAGAGAGAGUAAAUGAUACUUGGUUACAUACACAUUUGCGAAAACUUGGAAACUUCUAAAGAAAAAUGCCUGAGUCUUGUCCACAAUGAUGCUUUCUUGUUUGCCUUUAUUUUGCCUUGAGUUUACUUUCUGACUAUUCUAAUAAUUAAACGAUAACCACCUAAUAUCAUGUAAAACUUGGAAAUAACUAUCGUUCCAAAAUGUCAAGUAGUUCCAUGGGAUGUAGCAUCCUUCACAGUCUUCUAAAACGUGCUCCUUUCCUGCCAUUUUCUUUUCUUUCCUAUGGGUCUGUAUGUGUACAUCUGUAAAUAGGGUUUUGUAUUUGUUAUGCCAACAUAUAAUCCAUUUUACUCGCUGAGUUUGGCUAAAGGCUACGUGUUAAUGGAAUGUAGGCAUGAAUCCUCCCAGGGAUGAUUUCCCAAGGCAAUCCUUGUGAUGGGAGCAGAGUCAUGCAAACAGUCUAUCUAGGUACAUAAUUGACUUGCCAUUUUAUAACUGAAAAUGGUACAUUCGGGUGCUCAAUAUGAUGUUACUUUCAGACUACAGGAGGUUAAAAGACAGAAUCUAACCUUUAGCUAACAAGAAAGCUGUACCAAGGAGAGAUCUAAAUGGUUUUCUGAGCAAGGUUUGGAUGAUUGAAAGACUUCCUCUAAGACCUAGGAAUAUGGUCUGUGAUGGCUAAAAUCAGUGGGGUCUAGGGAGCUCCACUUCUCAUUUUUCUGCAGUGCCCGUAGAGAGUUGAAUGAUGAACUAGCUUAUAAAUUAAGGGCUCUGACCUGUUAAACAGCUUUUUACUCUCUUAACCAUCAUUGUUGAAACCAGGGCCAGUGUCAGUGCUCUGUUGUAUAAAUUGCUCCUUUUCUCGUAUUUUUAUAAAGGGCUCUGUCUGGGCUGGCCCCAGUUUGUGCAAUAGAAGACACCCCUGCAGACUGUUAGGACCUUUCCAUCUGCCUUCUGUGCUACAGCAUUGCGCCUGGCAACACCCCGUGUAUCUCUUAUUGUUGGUUAACACACACUGAUUCAUACUAAUAAAUAUUUUAAGUUUUA